CUUUGGAUUACCCGCUUUUUAAAUAUUAAAAAAAAAUAUUUUGCUAUUUAUGCUAACACUUAAUUAUUUUCUUAAAAUAUUUUAAAUUCAUAAAUUACUAUGGUACAAAAAGUACAGCAGAAAGUAAAUUUGCCCUGGGUUGAAAAAUAUAGGCCAAGUACGCUCGAUGAUUUAGUUUCUCAUGAGGAUAUUAUUAAAACGGUCAGCAAAUUUAUUAAAGAAGAUCAAGUUCCCCAUUUAUUAUUCUAUGGACCUCCUGGUACUGGAAAAACAAGUACAAUUUUAGCUUGUGCAAGAUUAUUAUACACUCUAGCUCAAAUGUCAUCAACUGUUCUAGAAUUAAACGCAUCAGAUGAUAGAGGUAUAGGAAUUGUAAGAGGACCAAUCUUGACAUUUGCUAGUACCAGGACAAUUUUCAAGUCUGGUUUUAAAUUAAUUAUAUUAGAUGAAGCCGACGCAAUGACAAUGGAUGCACAGAAUGCCUUGCGUAGAAUAAUAGAAAAGUAUACAGAAAAUAUUCGGUUCUGCAUAAUAUGUAACUAUUUAAGCAAGAUCAUACCUGCUCUACAGUCCCGUUGUACGAGAUUCAGAUUCGGUCCACUUUCUCCGGAACAAAUUUUACCAAGACUCAACUACGUAAUCGAUGAAGAAAAAGUAACUGUAUCAGAAGAUGGAAAAAAAGCUCUACUCACCUUAGCAAACGGCGACAUGCGAAAAGUUCUUAACGUUUUACAGAGCACUUGGUUGGCUUGUAAGAACGUUACUGAAGAUAACGUAUAUACCUGUGUCGGUCAUCCUCUACGUACCGAUAUUGAAAGUAUCGUUAAAUGGUUAUUAAACGAAAACUUUAAAACAACUUACAAUAACAUAAAAGAAUUAAAAAUGAUCAAAGGACUCGCUCUUCACGACAUCAUUACAGAAGUACAUAAGUAUGUACAUCGUAUCGAAUUACCUUUCGAUAUUAUGAUAGAUCUUAUGGAUAAAAUGGCCGAAAUAGAGUAUAGAUUAUCUACAGGAGCUAACGAAAAUAUCCAAUUAACAGCUCUUAUUGCUGCGUUUCAGAAUGUCAAGGAUAUUUCGGCACCAGAUCAAUAUAAUUAGUUUUUGUUAAUUUAAAUAAACAUCUUAAUAUUA